AAAGAUCUACUUUUUAAUUAAUCAACUAAUACCAUUUUGAGAUAAUAUUCAUAUGAUUUAAAAUGCGGUGUAUUUAAAUGAAUGAAUGGCAUAACGCGCAAUAGUCAGAUAAUCGACUUAUCGACUAAAAUCCCAAAUAAAAAAACUUCCGUAAAAUUGCCGUCAUUUUAUGACUGUGACGAUUACUCACAAGGUCCUAUUAGUCUAUCUCUUUCCAGUUUGUGUGUUAGUAAAAAGCGCCCUACAUAUAUUUAUAAACUGACUCCACCUAAAGCGGUCAGUUCAGUUGGCAAUCGACGCUGUUGGUACUCCUGUUAGUUCUGUCCGGGACUUGAUUGUCAUAUCGUGUCAUCUUCAAAGAAAAGACUCGAUUUCCCUAGUUGUGAAACUUUAGAGGCUUCCGUUGCAUCUUUUAAGUGUUUAGCGCCCCAAAACAGUGGUGAAUUCGUCAAAAUGGUAACCCACAUCAAGGACAAGGAUGAUUUGGACCAGAAGCUUUCCGACGCCGGGGAUCAGUUGGUCGUCAUCGACUUUUUUGCUACCUGGUGCGGACCCUGCAAAAUGAUCAGCCCGAAACUUGAAGAAUUGGCUAAUGAAUAUGCCGAUAUACACAUCCUUAAGGUUGAUGUAGAUGAAUGUGAAGAACUCGCGAUGGAAUAUAACAUUUCCUCGAUGCCCACGUUUGUAUUCAUCAAAAACAAGUCGGUGCUUCUGACCUUCUCUGGCGCCAACUACGAGAAGCUCAAAGCCACCAUCCUGGAAAAGAAGUAGAGUGACGACCAUCACCACCAUGUUAAUUAACCUUAUGUAAUUUUAUAUACAUUUAUUACACAUUGUUUUCGAUUAGUGAAUAAUUUAUUACGGGCUUCUUACGGCAACUGUUACGCACUAAAAUAUUGUAUCUGCCUCCUAUAUUAUGUUCAAUUCCGCCAAGUAAACUAUUUGCUGGUCGACUGUACUUAUGUAUGUUAUUCGAUUUUCAAAGUGAUGUAUAAUUUUUUUAAACUUUUGUAAAACAGGUAGCAUACGUUUUGUAGCACAAUAUUGAUAGAAUCAAUUAAAUUUGCGGCCACAAUCCACUGUAUCUCUCCGGUAGGUUGAAGUUGCAAUUGAUAAACCAAGUAUGCCUAUAAAGAGUAUUUUUCACACACUAAAUUGUAAUUGUUUAAUUGUGUAAAGACCGAAAUUCACUUUGUAUAUGUUCAUGUAAAUGAAAUAUAAUGUAAUAAAAUUUAAUUGAAA